UGAGAAUUUGACGUAAGUAGUGGUGUUUUCGCGCGCUUUGCAUCAGUUGUGUGCGAUUUUCCCGCGCGUAACAGUGAGGUUACCAUUUCGAAAACUUCGGAGCCAGUUAUGAAGAUUCUUUAAGUUCGUUUCUUCCCUGAAUUGUAAGAUCUAUAAAACGAGAAAUGGGUGUGAUAAAGACUUACGUGUUGCUGAUCACCAUCCAGCUGGUGUACGUGAUCAACGCUCAAGAAGUGGUGCGACGCGUGCCACAGGGUUUCCUCGGUGUGCGCGGCAAGAAAUACUACGAAUACGGCGCAAAUGAAUAUUACAAACGGAAGCCCCAAUACUUCAUCGGAGUGAAAGGCAAAAAAGACUACGACAUUUCAGAAGGUGAUUUCAAACGUGUCCCAAUGGGCUUCAUAGGCAUGAGAGGCAAGAAAGAGUACCUGUACCCAGAGUUCAUGGUCUACCCCGAGAGCUACGAGUACAUCCCGAAACAUUCAGGUUCCUUGAUCGGUCAGAUCGAUUAUUCCACUGACGAGAACUCCAACCUACCCGAAUAUCCAAUUUUGAACGAAUUCAUAAACGAGUACAUACAAAAACUGCGAUCUAAUCUGAACAACGAGGUUUCCUCGGAGUCCAGUGACAUUCCAGAAGAUUCGAGCAUCUCGAAUGAGGUGGAAAAACGGACUAACAUACACAAAUUCUUCGGCGUACGUGGGAAGAAAUCCGUACAGGAUAAAAGACCAUAUGAUGUAUCGUUUCGUGGGAAAUUCAUCGGCGUUCGCGGUAAGAAGGACUUGAAAAACAGCGGGGCGCAGGAGAUUAAGUUUUUGCUGAAUAGUCCGUGGCCUAAACGAAAGGGGCAGACGGGAUUCUUAGGAAUGCGCGGCAAAAAGUGGGCCGAGAAUGACAGCGUUUUAGAUUCUGAACCCAACGGCGACAUGGCGAUGCCGAACUAAUACUUCGAAGACACAUUCAUUUAUUUAUAUCAAAACCUAGUCAAUGAAAAAACAUCGUAAGCGCGUCCUCUCCCGGCCAAGUUAUAUAAGGCUUAUUCUAGCGUUGAACAAUUUCUAGAAUUUAGUCCAUACUUAUAAGUAUUUA